UGGUACUUCCUGGGGAAAGAACGCGUGUUUACGACAAGCCGUGAAACUGUUUUUUUUUCCUUUUAGGUUUUUAUUUUGAGGAAUUCGAGUGGAAAGAGUUGUUUAUUUUACUUAUUGUAGCAAGGUUUAUUAAUUUUUAUUGUCGCUAUGACGCUUGCCCCCAAGGAGCUUGCCAAUCUUUUGGGGAUAAUAUCAGAGGAGGCAUGUACCAACACUUUUGAGGGUCUUUCUACUGCUUUUCAUCAUUAUUUUUCUAAAGCAGACCACUUUCGAGUGGGCUCGGUGUUAGUAAUGCUACUUCAGCAGCCUGACUUAUUGCCUACGUCUUCACAGAGACUUACAGCAUUGUAUUUGUUAUGGGAAAUGUAUCGUACUGAGCCGCUGCCUGCUAACCCUUUUGCAGCAGUAUUUGCCCAUUUACUGAAUCCAGCUCCUUCAGGAGAAGAGCAGGACAGACUCCUUUCUGGAUUUCUACCACCUAUAACUGCUCCAGAGAAAUUCUUUCUUGCUCAGCUGAUGUUGGCUCCACCAAGGGAACUUUUUAAGAAGACUCCUCGGCAAAUUUCUUUAAUGGAUGGUGGGAAUCUUGCUCAGCCUGUGGACAUAAGUGGGCUUCAGUUGGCACUGGCAGAACGUCAGUCUGAAUUGCCAACGCAAAGCAAAGCAAGCUUUCCUAGCAUUCUCAGUGAUCCUGAUCCCGACUCUUCCAAUUCUGGGUUCGACAGCUCAGUAGCUUCCCAGAUCAUAGAGGCAUUAGUCAGUGGACCAAAACCACCAAUAGAAAGUCAUUUUCGACCAGAGUUCAUCCGACCCCCUCCAUCACUCCAUGUUUGUGAGGAUGAGUUAGCAUGGCUAAAUCCAACAGAUCCUGAUCACACUAUUCAGUGGGACAAGUCAAUGUGUGUGAAGAACAGCACUGGUGUUGAGAUCAAACGUAUUAUGGCAAAGGCUUUCAAAAGCCCUUUGUCUGCACAGCAACAGACACAGACUUUAAACCAGCUUGAGAAGGAUAACAGAUUGAUUUACAGUAUCUUUCUGACACCCUCUCAGGAUCCGGACAUUCUGAAAAAUAACCCCCUUCAUCUUUGUGAAAAGCUGCUCAAGUACAUGGCCUUUGGGCAACUAACUCAGUACUUCAAAAUACUAGCAAAUUGGGAAAGGCUGCUACAUUCCUUAGACAUCCAUAGGCAGCUUACAACAGCAGUUGAUCUUCCUCCUGAAUUUAUCCAUCUUUACAUCUCAAACUGCAUCUCUACAUGUGAACAAAUUAAAGACAAAUAUAUGCAGAACCGCCUAGUGCGUCUUGUUUGUGUCUUUCUGCAGUCUUUGAUCAGAAACAAAAUAAUUAAUGUCCAGGACUUAUUUAUUGAGGUGCAAGCAUUUUGCAUUGAAUUCAGCCGGAUAAGGGAAGCUGCAGGUCUCUUCCGAUUACUAAAGACAUUGGACACUGGGGAGAAUCCAGCAGAAGCAAAAUCUGCUAAGUAAAAGGAACUUUUCCAUCAUCAGAGUGCAGAAACGCAUCAGGGAAAAAGCUCUUUUUUUGUUUUACAUGGACCUGAUCUCGUAUUACAUUUUGCUGUAUUGAAUAUCAAUGGCAAGUUACCGCAAAGGAGAAAGAAUGAAUUGUAUAGAGCCUUGUAAAUGUGUAAGUAGUGAGUUGUAUAACAAGAUGUGAAAUGUAAUUCCUAAUUUGCAUCCAAGAUUAUUUAAAUAAGAUUUGUUAAUGCAUUGAAACGUACUGAGAUUAACUGUGUUCAUUUGAUCUUUUUCAAGCAGUUAAAUUUAUAUAUUUUAUUCUGAUUUUAUAGAACUUGCAUACAUGUGCUUAUAGUUAGUUUUUGGAAGACAAACAUUACUGGUUAAUGAAAUUCUAAGUACUCCCUUGUGUGUUAUACAAGUAUAGAAUAACAUUUUUAAACAUUGCAAACAUUUUUCCUGUGUCUUAUUUUACCAUCCUCCAGACUAUACUUGAGAUUGUGUGUUAAACUUUUCAUGUCACCAUACCACAGUCUCUUCUGUUAUGGUGCAGACGUAAAUCAUCACAUGUAAAUGUUAAUGUUUAAUAGUACUUUAACAUCAUUUUUUGUUUAUGUUGGCAGCAAGUUAUAUGUUUAAAAUGUUUUGUGAACAGAUUUUCGUUACUGUUUCUCUCUGGUUCACUGGAAAUAAACUGGGAUAUCUGUGCUGCA